UUUCUUAACACUGCACCGGCAUUUGAAGCAGCUGAGAAAAACGCAAUGUUCAAACAAUCUGAUUUUGCAUGGUAAGAAAAGUAAUAAUAAUUUAAGUUAAAUGGGUGUAACUGGCCUUUGGAAGCUCAUUGAACCUUGUGGGAAACCCGUGCCCGUGGAGACCCUGGAAGGCAAGGUGUUGGCCGUUGAUAUAUCCAUAUGGUUACAUCAGGUGGUUAAGGGCUUUCAGGACAAUAAAGGCUCUGCACUCAACAAUGCUCAUCUCCUUGGCCUUUUUCAUCGUCUCUGCAAGUUACUCUACUAUCGAGUGCGUCCCGUUUUCAUCUUCGAUGGCUGCGUGCCCCAAUUAAAGAGGGAUACAAUUGCACGGCGUCAGCAACAGCGCAGCAAGCUGAGCAAUGAGGCGGAUCGCAUUCAGGCUCUUUUACUGCAAUCGCUGGCUAAGGAGAAGGUGGUGCAACAAGCACUGGGCACAAAUGCAGAACUUUUGCUCAAAUCACCCACAAAGCGUCCAGCAGCUGCGAAGUCGGGUAAGACGGACGAAGACGAUAUUUUUAAACUACCAGAAUUGCCAGCAUCAGCGGCGCAAUUCAAUGAAGCGGACAGUGAACUCGAAGAUCAGGAGUAUGCGAGUACCAGUGCCACAUCAGACAGCUCUUUUGAUGAGACCACAGCGCGACAUACAUAUAAUUCCAGCUUACAGGCUAUCGAUGUGCGUAGCCAGCACUUUAAGAAUUUACCUGCAGACGUGCGACAUGAAAUCCUUACUGAUAUCAAGGAGACACGCAAGCAGUCCUCCUGGGGCCGCCUUCAUGAACUGCCUGCACGCAGCGACGACUUUUGUUCGUUUCAAAUGAAGCGAUUGCUCAAGCGUCGCGCCGUUCAGGAGAGCCUCGAGCAGGCUGAACAAGAAAUGGGCGGUCGUACACUCACCUAUUCAGAGCUCUCUGAGUUUUUCAGUGAGGAGGGCAUUGUUACCCCUACGGCCAUUGAGGAAAGCACUCGUCAAAUAAGCUCUGAUGAGCACACUCGUUUCUUGUUAGUGCGCGAUCUCAAAAAAAAAGCCCUCGAAGACAACCAGAAGGCAAUGAAGAUCAAGUGCGAACCCAUUAAGGAACUUGAUAGCGAAGAAGCAGCUGCUGAUGAGAAACCAAGUACUUCAGCCAUGGCAGUAAAAAGAAGCAUUGAAGACGAUGAUGUGGUGAAGAAAGAGUUGGGCUCUGAAUAUGAUACUGAUUUGGCCAUGGCGCUAGCAUUAUCAUUGGAAGAAUCAGGCAAAGUCUAUGAUGAGAAAGAUUACGAUUAUGAUUCGGAUCAAGAUCUGCGUCUAAAUCGCGAACAAAGCAAGCAAUUGCGUCAUGCUGCCAAAGGACCAGCGCGUGCAUACAUGAUUGAAUAUGGGGGCAUGAAUGAAGAAGAGGUGGGCAAUAUUAUGGAGGCGACGCAAUUAAAUGAUACACAGAGUCUUGAGGCUUUUUUGCACAACACGAAUGUUAAUACGGAGACAGCUGGGGAUGAAGCAGAUAAUUCAAUUGAGGAAGCUAAAUUAUUGUCUUUAGCGAUUGAAGAAAGUAAAAGAACUCAUGCCGAAGAUCUUGUCAAGUCGGAACAGAUUCAAACAAUCGACAGCGAUACAGAUUCUGACUUGGAGGAGGUUGUUGAUACAUCCGUCAUGUCUAGCAAAAAGAGUUUAGAAAUUUGCGUCGAUAUUAAAGAUGCAUUAAAUAAGGAUGAUGAUCUUUUUGCAGAUAUCUUUGAUAUCGACACUCAACAAAACAAAGAAUGUAGUAAAAACUCAGAGUUGCAGAAAACUGAAAUUGCUGAUAAGAAACUUGAAGAGACUUUGUCAAAAGAUGCCAUGAGUAAAAAAAUAAUACCAAGCAAGCAAACGGCAGAAGAAAUUGUUUUAACAGAUAGCGAGAAACAAGUUGAGUCUGAAGACGAAUUGUGUGACGUCGAAAAGACAUCCGAGUCAGAUUUAAAAACCACUGUUGCAGUGGCUAAAGAAAAAGAGAGGCCAUCAGGAACUGAUUUAAAGCCAUUACCUAUAAAGCCCGCUGCCGCACUCGACUCCCUACUUGACGAUCUUAAAAGACAAACUGCAGACGUUAAAAACAUCAAAUUGGAAUCAAUCAAACUAGGCACCAGUCCGGUUAUUGAGUUGUCUUCUGAUGAUGAAGCAUCUAAGGCAAUUAUACCUUCCAUAUCCAAGGAUGUUAUUGAACUUUGCGACAGUGAAAACGAGACUGAAAAGAAACGUUCAUCACCAAAUAAAACACCGAGUAAAAGCAAAGCAAUAACAGAUUAUUUUGAGACCAGCUAUAAAAUAAAACGGACACCAGAGAAACCAAUAGAAGCGGACGUCACACCGCCAUCAACUCCUAAGCCAUUUUACAUAAAGCGUACUCCAAAAUCAAGUAGAAAACGUGAUGGUAACGUACUCAGCGACGAAGGAAUCUCGCCCAACAAAAAGUCGAGCAAGGCAGCAAAGUCUCUUUUUCCUACGAAGGAACCAGAGAAGGUUGAACCAGUUAAUACACAGGACCUUAUAAAUGAUGCAGCUGAUGCUUUGAAAUCACAAAAAUCAAAUGAGGAACUCCAGGCAAUGGCCUCGAACUUGGCGCAAGAGCGUCGAGAUUUGGAAGUCGAACGUAAUCGACAGGAUCGCAUGGGCAUGUCGAUUAGCCAACGCAUGAGCAACGAUUGCCAGGAACUAUUGCGUCUCUUUGGCAUACCAUAUAUUGUGGCACCUAUGGAGGCGGAAGCUCAAUGCGCCUUCCUUAAUGCCGUCGAGCUCACCAAUGGCACCAUAACCGAUGAUAGCGACAUUUGGCUAUUUGGUGGUCGAACUGUCUAUAAAAAUUUCUUUGCCCAAAACAAGCAUGUGCUGGAGUUUCGAGCCGAGCAAAUAGAACAAACGUUCAAUUGCAAUAGAGGUAAACUUAUUCAGCUGGCUUGUCUUGUUGGCAGUGACUACACCACAGGUAUUCAUGGCAUCGGUGCAGUUACGGCUCUAGAGAUAUUGGCUUCGUUUUCAAGCACAACCCAUAUGGAAACGACCCCCUCUGUGAGCUUGCAGUCGUCUGUGCUAUCGACUUUGGUAAGGUUUAGAGACUGGUGGCAGGCACAUAAGAACUCUAACUUGCCAAUAGGCAGUUCAGCGCGUCUUUCUCUGCGCAAGAAACUCAAAAACAUUGAAUUGCACGAGGGAUUUCCUAGUUCGUCAGUAGUGGAUGCCUAUUUAUCACCCACAAUAGAUGAUAAUCGCGACGCUUUCAGUUGGGGCUCUCCCGAUGUGGAAUCUAUACGUGAAUUUACGCGAAAGUCUUUUGGUUGGACUACAUCGAAAACAGACGAUAUUCUUAUGCCGGUCAUGAAAAAAAUCAACGAGAAGAAGAUUCAAGGCUCCAUUCGAAAUUAUUUUACGGCAAAGAGCGCACUUCGAGUCCAACAACCACCGCUUGUUAGUAAACGAGUGCAGAUUGCCAUUGACAAGAUGUCUGGUAAGAUUGACAAUGAAACCCCAGAGAAACCAAAACGGGCGCCACGUCGAGGGCGCAAGAAAGCAACAGAAGACCAAGAAGCUUCCGCGACGGAAGAGUCAGCGGAUUGUCAGCGUAAUUCUGCUCGUCCGAAGCGCGGUAAACGGAAGUCCGGUGAAACAACAAAUACAGCAUCUCCUGAGAAUCCCUCCACAUCUAACGAAACCUCGAAGCCCGCUAAGUGUGCUCGCAUUCCCAGUACCCGGGAAGUUAUACCUCAAAGGGAGCGAGAUAUGGAACAAAUGCGUCAGAACAAAGUCAAGGCAGCAGAGGUUCUGAAAGCAAACGCGAAAGCUGCUUCUAAAAAAAUAUAAAUAUUUUAUUUGAUUUUCGUUCUUGUAAAUAUGCAUCCACAAAUAAUAAAUCAAAUGAGAUACAUUGUUAAACAUACUAGUGUUUUACGACCUUUGUCUCAAUAAGUAUUCUUUUUAAUCUGAGUUGAUUCAGAUUAUAAGUCAUACAUGUGUAUACCAAAUUUAUUGUUGAGAAUUUAAAUUUCAAAAACAUUUAAUCAACACAAUGUUAAACAAAAACAAACUAAGCCAUCAAUUUGGGAGGGAGCAGACAGCACAUUUGCAGCAGUUUCGUAAUAUGCGGAGUAUUUUAUUGGAUACAAUAAGGGAACUUAUACUGAAUGCUCAGAUCAAGUCAGAGGUAUCAAGCGCAUAUAGCGACCAGAUGGUUAAAUGCCUUGGCCUUUGUGAAGAUUUAAUAAGCGAUUGCAAGAACUCAUUGCAGUACUCAAAAUAUGAUUUAUCUAUUGUAUAUGGAACAUACGUUACAAGCAGACCAAUGUGUGAAAUUGGAGAACCGACUCUUGAAAAGUAUCUGGAUAAACUUGAAGCAUCUCUUCUCGACUUUAUUGAGAAUCAAAAAGCUUUUCAAGACAUAGAACACAUUAAUGCAGCUAAAGAAAUACUGAAUGAAUUCUUUAAUCAAAAUAUUGAGUUAAUCCAUCUUGCCAUUCGUAUGUUAAAACUUAUCACGGAAAAGUGCAAAAAGUGUUAUAGUCAAUUAAAGAAUCUCAAAGAAUCUUCUAAAGUCUAUAGGCAACCGAAAUAUCAUUUAAUUGACAAAGUAAGUGACCAUAUGGAAGACAUGGUAAAUAAUAUUUGUGAAUCGUUACAGCAUAAAACUGAGGAAUGCAGUAUAAACACUGGAAGAAGUGAGAACAGUGACACUACUAGGGAGACUGGAGGGAGAAUACGAUCUACAAUAUCCAGAAAAAUAAUUAAGGAGAUGGAAUCCAACAAACAUGAUAAAAGGAUUAGCAGUGAUUUAAGUAUAGGCAACAAGGAAAAGUUGACUUAUUUUAACCCUUCACGGGUAUCUUCUAAGGGUUCAAAGGGUCAAACGUUCUUAUUGAAAGGUGCAGCUACUUACAUUAUUGAUGCUUUUAUCGCACAGAAAAUUGCUCCAAACUCAAAUAUUAGAUCUGAGGCUUAUCUGAAUGGCAACAAAUUAAAUGAAGAUGGAGUAAACGAUGUUUGGAUCAGUUUAUGCGAACUGCAUAACCAAAUUUUACUUGAACCAAAGAAAUAUCGGUUAGAAGUUGUAAGGGAAAUCCUCACAAAAUUUUACAUAACGAGUCUCCAAUUAGCCCUCCAAAAAGAAUGUGAGAGAUUAAAAUCUCGAAGUAGAAACAGCAUAAAAAGGGCGUAUGAAUCAGUUGGAAGCUUAUUACGACCAAGUACGCCUGCACCUAAGGCUUAUUUAAUGCACUUAAAUUUAUAUCGCUUACAGUUAACUAAACUUAAGUCGGCAAAAAAAAUGUUUAAUGCACCCCAACUGUACAAAAUGAUUAUGAACCAGGAACUUCCACGGAGCCAAUCCGAUCAUGAUUUAUUCAAUAAAUAUGUAAGCGAUCGAGAGCAUUAUAACAUUCUAUUGAUGUUGCAAAACAAUGAAAGUCAGGGGGAGGUUCUAUUGCAAGUUCUUGAGCAAAACUUUGAAGAGAUUUCGAAGCUUAUAGAUCGAAAGAAACGUUUUCGCAACAUAUUUCAAAGGUUAAUCAAUGAUAAACAACAACAAAGUUAUAUAAAUUUAAAAAGAGACUCAAUUCCUGUCAAAGUACGCGAACGAACUACUAUUGACGAGGAGUUCCUUAAAAUGGAAAGAGCAAAGUGGGUCAAGUAUUUUGCAAACCAGAAACUGACAGCAACGGAGCGUAAAUUGGCGCAAAUUCGAGUAGAAAAACUGCAAAGUCUUGCCGGAAAACAAAAGGCUGAGCGCAGACAGAAAAUAUUGCAGAAACGAAAGAAAACACGUAGUAUGAAAGCAAUUAUUGCACUAUAUAAGGCCCCCCGGCUUACUAAUCGUUUGCGUCGAGCAAUGGAUCAAAUGGCCGCGAAUAAAUUAAUUGAUUUGAGUGCUUCAUCGCAGGCAUGUCAGCUCAAUGAAAUGAAGACAGUCAAAAACGAAGAGCAUCCGUUGGCAGAUGGUUUAAUGGAAUCUGUGUCGUGGACAUCCUGUUGCAGCGAGUGCAAACGAAUGAAUGAUACAUUACAUGAAACUGCUCUAGACCGAUUCCAUCGUACACAUGAAGAGAUCAAAGCAACAGCUAAUUAUUGUGAUUAUUAUCCAAGUUAAAUUUCCGUUUCCAAAUAAAGAAGUGGUGGAUGAUUGGCUUAACUAAUCAUUGCUUGAUCAAUGCGAA